UGCGGCGGCGGCAGCUAAAUAUUAUAACGCGCUCGCUGCUACUUGCAGAACUGCUAUAUAUAUAUAUCCUAUAUAUAUAUAUUUACCGUCAGCGGCGUGCGCUAACUAGCCAAGUGAGCAGUGUGUGUGUACAAAUGCACAUGUUCGGUGUUCGAUCGUUCGAGUUCGUUGGCCGCCGACCUGCAGCCCUCCUUCGAUUAGUUUUCCUUUUUUUUCUUUAAUCGUUAUUCACGCGUCUAUGCAACUAUGCACCGCGUGAAAAAAUGUAACCAUCGCGAUACAACAUAAAUAUUCCACUCGGCGCUCUCGAUUUUCAAUAAAUUGCUUAUGGAUGGACGAAUUUUCCAACAUUUUCGAGCUUAAAUUUUAUUGACUCGAAAAAUUUGAAAUUCAAAUAGUUAUCCUAGAUUAAAAUUAUAGUGAUGAAUACUUUAUUUUACAUUAAAUUACAUAACAAAACAAGCAAGUUCUAAUGUUACAUUUUAAAUUCUUUACAAACAAAAUUGAAAAAUUAAUAAACUUGUCUGAACAAAAAUGAUGCAUAAUACAUGCACUUUUCAAACUGUUGGUAGAAAAAGUUGCAAAACUUUGUCGUUCGCUAUCGAACUUUACACUAUGCACCUACUGUAGGCACACCCUAACUUUGUUUUUUCACAUUAAGAUCAGAUUCAAAAUUUACUCACUUAUCAUUCGGGCAAUUCAAUAUCAAAGAAUUCAUCAUUGGUUAAAUUGUCUGUUCAAUUGUACUUAAAACGAACGAAAUUAAUUGAAGCAAGACGUAGGUUUUUAAAAUCCUCUGUUGAAAACAUGACUGCAAUUUAGAUCAAGUUGAAAAUCAAACGUCUCAAAAUGUUUGCAAUAGCACUGAAAUGCCUCAUAGUUCCUAAAACGAGUUGUUAUAGGUCUAUAAACCUUACAAUCAAAAUUUCAACGAAUGUUGAAAUAUUUCGUCAAAUUCAUAAUGUACCAAAAAAACAAUUUCAGCAAGGGCUUUUUCUCCAUAGUGAACCAAAACUUUAUUCAAAAAAUUCUUUUUUAAAUGGCACUAAUGAAAAUGUAAAUAAUAUAAAUACUCUCCAAAUGAAAAAGAGGCCAAUGAGAAAAAAGAAAAUUCUUGAAGAUGAAGAUAGACCUGUGCCUGGAUACUGGAGUGUUAAAGCUUUAGCAACUGCAGAUGAAUAUGACUUGGAAAAUUUGAUGGAAGGUUUACUUAAACAAGACUUGUACUAUCCUGUGGAAAUUCAAACUCCUGCAAAUCGUAAUUCAUUCCCUGAUGCAAUUCAAGCAGUGGCAAAGUAUGAAGUGGGUAGUGAACCUCGAGAAAUUUAUUUUUUCCGUGAAGGUACAACUGUGAUGUGGAAUGUUUCUGAAUUAGAGUGUAGUAAUGUACUUCAGUUUCUCAAACAGUAUGAAGAAAGUAGUUAUUCAUCAAAAAUGGUUCAAGAUGAAAGCGAAACUAUGCUUUACACUUAUGCAGAUCAUGGAAAACAAAGUCAUAUUCGAGAUGGUAAUAUUCUAUUGUCACAUGAUGCAAGCUUAGAUAAAUAUACAUUUUCAAAUGCUAUUUCUCAAUCUGUCAAAUUGGGAAUAUGGGAAGCAUCUUUAGAGCAAUAUAUAGAAUCUAUUGAAUUUAUAACUAAUGAUUUAAAAGCUGGACGUAAAAUACGUAUGACUAGACCAGCUGUAUUAAGAAAGCAAGGUGAAUUGUUUGCUCUGAGACACUUCAUAAAUCUCAGCUCUGAUCUCCUGGAUACACCAGAUUUUUAUUGGGAACGUGAUGAUCUAGAGACUUUAUAUCAGCAGAUAUGUGGAUAUUACAGUAUUGCAAAAAGAACUAGGGUGAUGAAUGAAAAACUCAACCAUUGUGUUGAACUAGUCGAAUUACUUUCUUCUCAUUUAAGUGACAGGCAUCAUGUACGAUUAGAAUGGAUGAUUAUUCUUCUGAUCAUGGUUGAAGUUGGCUUUGAAACUUUGCACUACAUUGAUCGUUACUUAACAAAAGAAAAUAAUACAGAGAUUCAUGAAAAUAGUCAUUAA